AUGCGUUUAGUUAUAAGUUUAGUCUUGAUUUUUUUAUGUUUAACUUAUUCAAUAGCAAAGAAAAAUAAGGAUGAAGAUUUUUCCGAAUUUGAUGAUUUCGAUCAUGAUGAAUUUGAUGUUGAAACACCGACUGUAACUGGUGCUACUCCGUUACCUUCAAAAACACAAGUGAAUAAACCAGAAAAAAAUGAUAAUGAAGAGCCAGUACAAACAGAAUCGAGUAAUACACGAAAUGACGAAGUCACUAUUGAUGAUGAUGAUGAUGAGUCAAUGUUCGAUGAUGAAGAAUUUGAAGCAUCUGAUACAUUUGCAUCAUCAAGUUCAUCAACACCUGAUCUUAAAAUAGCAGAAGUACCAGCUAAUUUAACUGGUAAUCGUUGGGAAGCUUAUCAAUGUGAAGCUGUUAUGUUAAUUGCUUUACUUGCCUAUUUAAUCAAUUUUCUUAUUGGUCGUACAAAAAAUGCUCGUCUAGCAACUAUUGUUUAUCGUUCACAACGUGAUUUACUUGAUCGAAAUUUUUCUCUUGUUGGUGAUGAUGGUCAAACAACAAAUACACAAACAGAUGAUCAAAUAAAAGAUAUGCAUAAAGAAUCAGAUCAUUUAUAUAUUUUAUGGUGUAGUGGUCGAGCAUCUAUUGAAAGUAUGUUAAUAGAAUUACGUUUAAUCAAACGACAAUGUGCAUUUAAUUCUGUGGCUGCAAUAAUAAAAUCAAUCAAUGAUACAAUUGUUUAUACAAUUGAUUUUAAUAAAGAUGAUAUGGAAACAUUUGUAUUUUGUUUAGCUAAAAAACGUUCUGCAGCUAAAUUACAUCGUGAUAUGAAUGAUCUUAGUCAAUUUUGUGUAGAAAGAAAAAGUGCCGAUAAAAAAGGUUUAAGUAGUAAUUAUCAAAUUUUAAGUGAAAUUGGUGAAGCUUCAUCGGCAAUAAUUGAUUCAACAAAAGUAGCAGAUUUUAUUGAUAAAUUUCCCGAUGCACUUGAAUACAUCUACGUCAGUGAUCAGUAUACCGGUAUGAAAUCUCAAAAUGGUGAACAACAAUCAUCAUCACCUCCUCCAACAACUUCUGGUAGUGCUGCUCAACAACAAGAUGCUCUUAAUGCAAGUGAACGUUCUGUUCGUCGUGUAUUAAUAGUUGCAUUUAAUAUAACUGCACAAAAUGGUCGUUCAUUACAAGUAACAAGUGAAACGAUAGGCAGUGACUACUUACGUUUAGUAUUACACCUAAUCGAAUUUGUUAGUGCAUUUCGUUUCAAAUCAAAAGAAUUAAAAAAUAAAGCUAUUAAAAAUCGUCAACGUAUCGAAGAACAAUUUUUAAAAUCAGUUAAUCUACAACGACAAGAACAAGCUCAAAUACGCCGUGAAGAUAAACGUCGAGCUGAAAAAGAAAAAGUUAUGCAAUCUGAUGAUGCUGAAUUACAACGUAAAUGGGAAGAAAAAGAACAUAAACGUGAAAUGAAACGACGAACACCAAAAAUGAAACAAAUGAAAAUGUCUUUUUUAACCGGUACACAUCGUUUUCUUGAUCCAAAAUGUAAUGAAGUAUUAGAUCUAUUUUAUGAAUGUAUUGAAAAGAAAAGUCGAGCUAUAGGCGCUUGUGAUGGGUUGCUUGCUCAAUUGUAUCGAUGUAAAAAAGAAGAUCUUGAAACUCAUCGAAAAAUAAACAAAAGUGAAAGUGAACAGAAACGACGCGAUCAAGCAAUAGCACGUGAUCCAAUAAUUCAGAAAAAACUUGAAAUUCUUAAAAGAUUACAAGAUAAACAAAAAGGCGAAUCAACAUCUUCUUAG